AUGCUGAACAAAAAUGGGCACACUGUCAUUUGCUCGUUGGUGCAAAGAGUGGAGAAACCGAACAGAUCAUUGCCGCUUAUCAUGCUGGACUCUGCAUCCGACGAAUAUUAUCUGUUAAAGAUUAAAGGCAGGCAGCUCAAGCUUCAGGCCGCCAAUCUCGACAAUGAAGGCCAUCUCCUUUUUUGCUCUACUCUUGACGACACUACAUUGAUUUGGGAUUUGAGAACCAUAUCAAGGCCUUUACACGCUACUCUGCCAGCCGUGAAAGGUCUCGUUGCGUCGGCUUUCUCUAAAGAUUCGUCGGUAGCCGUUUCAUCACAAAAAGACGGAACGUUGGUUGUAAUUGGUGUUUCCACAGGGCGGAUUCGUCACAGAGCGAGAAGCCAACCCGCUCACAAAAUUCUCAUCUCAAACAACAAACUUGCGAUUACGUUCCAUCGGAAUAACUUCUGCGCUUGGGAUCUGAACAAGGGAGAAAAUGUCGCUACUUUUACUGCAGAUUGGGAAACAACAUCGACACACGUUUACCUCAUUGGUGAUCACGUGACUAUGUGCCUACCAGAUAGAGCACGGGAAAUGACCCUCAAAUUGCAUGGUAUCCCCCCAGGCAAAGAAGAAGAAUUCUUAGAAGAGUCCCCGUUCAUGGGAAUUCCAGUCGAAGGAAACUUUCACUAUUAA